GUUACAAUGGAUUCGGUUAAGCACACAACCGAAAUUAUUGUCGACUUGACAAAAAUGCACUAUCACAUGAUAAAUGAUAGACUUUCUCGGUAUGAUCCGGUUGUUCUAGUGUUGGCCGCUUUUGGGGGUACCCUUGUCUAUACAAAAGUCGUCCAUUUGUACCGAAAAAGCGAGGAUCCAAUUUUGAAACGCAUGGGAGCUUAUGUAUUCUCACUUCUUCGAAAACUUCCAGCUGUUCGGGAUAAAAUCGAAAAAGAGCUGGCUGCUGAGAAGCCAAAGCUUAUUGAAUCGAUUCAUAAGGAUGAUAAGGACAAGCAAUUCAUUUCCACUCUUCCCAUCGCUCCAUUAUCUCAGGACUCAAUUAUGGAACUGGCGAAAAAAUAUGAGGAUUACAACACAUUUAACAUUGACGGAGGACGAGUAUCUGGAGCGGUUUAUACUGAUCGUCAUGCUGAACACAUUAAUUUGCUUGGAAAGAUUUACGAAAAGUAUGCGUUCUCGAAUCCCCUCCACCCUGACGUCUUUCCGGGAGCUCGUAAAAUGGAGGCAGAACUUAUUCGAAUGGUUCUGAACCUGUAUAAUGGACCAGAAGAUUCUAGUGGAAGUGUAACUUCUGGUGGUACUGAAAGUAUUAUUAUGGCAUGCUUUUCGUAUCGAAAUCGUGCACACUCUCUUGGCAUUGAACAUCCAGUUAUUUUGGCAUGUAAAACAGCUCACGCGGCAUUUGAUAAGGCCGCCCAUCUAUGCGGAAUGCGUCUUCGCCACGUUCCAGUUGAUUCGGAUAAUCGUGUCGAUUUAAAAGAAAUGGAGAGACUAAUUGAUUCGAAUGUUUGUAUGUUGGUUGGCUCAGCGCCUAACUUCCCAUCAGGCACAAUUGAUCCAAUUCCGGAAAUUGCUAAGCUCGGCAAAAAGUAUGGAAUCCCGGUCCACGUGGACGCAUGUCUUGGUGGAUUCAUGAUUCCAUUUAUGAAUGACGCCGGAUACCUGAUUCCUGUAUUCGAUUUCAGAAAUCCCGGUGUUACAUCUAUUUCGUGUGAUACUCAUAAGUACGGAUGCACACCGAAAGGUUCAUCGAUUGUCAUGUAUCGUUCCAAGGAACUUCAUCACUUCCAGUAUUUCUCGGUUGCCGAUUGGUGUGGAGGCAUCUAUGCCACCCCGACUAUUGCAGGAUCCCGAGCUGGAGCCAACACUGCCGUCGCCUGGGCCACACUUUUAUCCUUCGGUCGAGACGAAUAUGUUCGAAGAUGUGCUCAAAUUGUGAAGCAUACACGAAUGCUGGCCGAGAAAAUUGAGAAAAUCAAAUGGAUCAAGCCUUAUGGAAAAUCGGAUGUUUCAUUGGUGGCGUUCUCCGGAAAUGGUGUGAAUAUCUACGAAGUUUCUGACAAAAUGAUGAAGCUCGGAUGGAAUUUGAACACUCUGCAGAAUCCAGCGGCAAUCCACAUUUGUUUGACAAUCAAUCAAGCGAACGAGGAAGUUGUGAAUGCGUUCGCCGUCGACCUUGAGAAGAUUUGUGAAGAACUCGCUGCAAAAGGUGAACAAAAAGCUGACAGUGGAAUGGCUGCGAUGUAUGGAAUGGCUGCGCAAGUACCAAAAUCAGUAGUGGACGAGGUUAUCGCUCUGUACAUUGACGCAACUUAUUCAGCUCCACCUUCAACUUCUAAUUAAUUACUUUUUCCAUUGAAUUUUCUCUAUUUGCACCAAUAUAUCUGUGAUUUUUUUUGUAGUAAAUAAAUAUAUACUAUUCUGUGAUUUUUUUCUGUAGUAAAUAAAUAUAUAUACCAAUUAUAACGAAUUAAUU